AUGCAUCUAAAGAUUUUCGUAAUGAAAUACGUCAAGACCUUACCUUGUUUCAAAGACGACCUGAUCAUACAUAUUGAAGAAUACCAAUUCAAUGGGCUCAUUGAGAAGUUUAACCAAUUGUUACAUAUGGCAGAAGAUGAUACACAAGAAUUCCUAUUUGACAAUGAUUUCUUCGUUAAACCUCGCGUUAACGGGAUCGAAAAUACAAUAAUAUGCUCACACUUCCUGAUGAACAAUUCAGUACUUAAACAUGACGCAUUCGAAAAUAAGGAUUUCAUAAAAAAGUUUGUCGAAAACUUACGGGUGAAAGGCGGAAAGGAUAAACGUGUAAAUAAAUCACUGGUCUACGCAUUUGAAAUAUUAAAGACUAGAUUUUGCAUCACGUUUGACCAAAAUGAAAUGGGAAUGUGUCUGCCAUCUAUCCUUUUGGCAAAGAAAAAUGAUCUCUUGGUUCAAGAAUGUCUAAACAAGUCAGUUCUGAAUGAAAAUGAAAAAUAUAUAUCUUUGCUGUUAGCUACGAGAGAUAGAAACAAAGAUUUAGUACAGAAACUAGUUCGUCAUGGUAUGAAAGCAAAUGAGGAUGCCUUACAGAUAGCAACGGUCAAUGAAGAUUUAGAUAUGUUAGACUUUUUGUUACAGAACCAGAACGGAUCUGAUUUCCCUUCACAUAUUCAACAUGGAAAUAGUCCAUUAAUCACAGCAGCUAAAAGAGGUUCUGUCGACCUUGCGGAAUGCCUGCUCAGGAGUGGUGUUGAUGUCAAUUAUAGAAACAAGAACAAUGUAUCUGCUCUCGAUAAAGCUGUGAUAUGGAACCAAGUGGAAAUAUGCCGCGUGCUUUUAAACCAUGGGGCGGUUGUGAAUGUAAACGGUGGAAAGUUUCAGCGAACACCUUUGCACAUUGCAGCAGACAUGGGACAUACCGAUUUAGUGCAACUAUUACUUAACAAGGGGGCAGAUGUCAAUAUACGCGACCAUAAAAAUGACUAUCCGUGUCAAUCAGCGGCUGUUCUUGGACAUUCCAAAAUAUUGAAAGAAAUUCUUGAAAAAGACAUUUAUUCCGGAGCUUCACAAAUGUCUCAUAAUUUUAAGCCCAUUUCAAAGGGCAUGUCUUUGUAUCAUAUAGCUGUAGUUAAAGAUAACCAAAGCAUAUUGCGAGUUCUGAAAGAGGUUGGUGUUGACCCUAACAUGAAAGAUAAAUAUGGAAGGACGGCCCUUUAUCUUGCAGCAGUAAAUGGAAAAACUGCACUCGUUCAGUUGCUUCUCGAUGUUGCAGAUCCAAAUGUAUCUGAGAAAAAUGGGUAUACACCAUUGCAUGCUGCGGUUUACAAAGAAGAUUUGGAGAUUGUCCAGCUGCUGAGCAAUCGGCAACAAGUGAUCGUCAAUCUACCAGACAAACGCGGAUAUACCCCUCUUCACCUUGCAUGCAAAACAGCAAAUUAUGAUAUCAUCGUCGAACUAUUGAAGGUGCGGCAAAUAGAUGUGCGUAUGAUGACGAAGAAAGGCGAGACAGUUCUACACAUACUUAAGGCCUCGACAAGGAGAACAAAAAAUGUGUCGAGGUGUGUGGAGGCAAUACAACAAACUGACCCUUACUUUGUAGAACAAUCUGGGAUAGGGGUAUCAUUUGACAACUAUGAGAACGAAAACUAAACAUAUGCAAAUCGCAGGCUCGUGUUUGUGUAUAUUCGGAUGUGCAGCGUAUGUCAAGCCCGUAGCUGGGUACAUACUUACGGAGUACUCAGUCUUCAACACUUUAAAUAUUUGUAUCAUUGAUCAUGAAGAACCAAACAAAUAUAAAAUACUGUGAUUAUAAACUAUAAAUAUUGUAAAAUUGUUAACGAUAAACAUUUGUUAUUGGUUAUCCAUUUGUGGAGUUUGAAAUUGAUUAAUUGAUGCAUCCGAAACAUUUUAGAUAUGCCUCAGAAAAAGUAAAUGUAUAUAAAAUUAUCAAAGACAGUUGCUAAAAACAUACUUUUAUAAUAUCUAUUGUUCUUAUGCAAUGCACGUCUUCUAAAUAAGAGCUAUCCAUUUGUGAAAUUUUAGUACAAUCUCAGUUCUUUCUUCAGUUGAAAUAAGCCCCGAAGAAAAUUUAGGUAUGAACAAUUUCGAAGGGCAACACUAAAUUGUGCAAGAGUUAUGAUUUGUUGUCAAAGAUUUGUGGACACUGCUAUUUUCACAAUGUGAUUUAAC